GGCCCCGGGUUCCUCAUGAGCGUCGCCUUCCUCGACCCCGGGAAUUUGGAGGGCGACCUCCAGUCCGGGGCCGUGGCCGGGUACUCGCUCCUGUGGCUCCUGCUGUGGGCCACGCUCAUGGGGCUCCUCAUCCAGCUCCUGGCGCUCCGCCUGGGCGUCGCCACGGGGCGACACCUGGCAGAGAUGUGCCGCGAGGAGUACCCGUAUUGGGCCGGCGUCGCGCUGUGGUUCAUGGCCGAGCUGGCGCUGGUCGCCGCGGAUAUUCAGGAAGUCAUCGGCAGCGCUAUUGCGAUUAGGAUUCUUAGCAAUGGAUUCUUGCCUCUUUGGGCUGGCGUCGUCAUAACCGCUUGUGAUUGUUUCAUCUUCUUAUUCCUCGAGAACUAUGGCAUCAGAAAGCUCGAAGCCUUUUUCGGAGUUCUUAUCACAAGCAUGGCAAUCUCUUUUGCAUGGAUGUUCGUUGAUGCUGAGCCACGUGCCAAAGACCUCAUAGACGGAAUACUGAUACCAAGGCUUUAUCCCGAGACGAUCCCGAAAGCAGUCGGGGUCAUCGGCUGCGUAAUAACCCCAUACAACGUGUUCCUCUACUCCGCCCUAGUCCAGUCCCGAAAAAUCGACCUAAAGAAGCAAGGGCGGGUCCAAGAGGCCCUCAACUACUACACCAUCGAGUCGGUCGCGGCCGUCUCCGUCUCCUUCCUCAUCAACCUCUUCGUCACCACCGUCUUCGCGAAGGGCUUCCACGGCACGUCCCAGGCGAGCAACCUGGGGCUGGUGAACGCCGGGGAGUAUCUGGAGCGGAGGUACGGGGGCGGGGCGCUCCCGAUUCUGUACAUUUGGGGGAUCGGGCUGCUGGCGGCCGGGCAGAGCAGCACGAUCACGGGCACCUACGCCGGGCAGUUCAUCAUGGGAGGGUUUCUUGAUUUGCCGAUUAACAAGUGGCUGAGGUCGGUGAUCACGAGGAGCUGCGCGAUCGUGCCGACGGUGGCGGUGGCGGUGAUGUUUAAUAGGUCGGAGGAGAUGUUUGAUGAUCUGAAUGAGUGGCUGAAUGUGGUGCAGGCGCUGCAGAUUCCGUUUGCGGUGAUUCCGCUGCUGCAUUUGGUGGCGGAUCAGCAUGUUAUGGGGAGCUUUGUUAUUGGAACUACUAUUGAGAGGAUGUCAUGGGGUGUGGCUGGAAUUGUAAUUGCCAUCAAUGGAUAUGUGUUGGUGGAUUUCUUCAUGUCUCAAGUUCAUGGUUUCAUAUAUGGAAUGCUCGUUUGUUUCGUAGCAGCUUCAUAUACAGCAUUUCUUGUCUAUCUCAUUAUACGUAGCACUACUCUUUCUCGCUUUCACGGAUUUACUUUUUUACCCUGAAAAUUCAAAAUUCGAAUCAUCUGUAACGGCUGUAAAUUGAAUGUGUAUA